CAAACCAUCAAAGCAAACCAAAGAGAGAAGCUUUAUUUCACAAAAAACAAUGGGUGUCUUGAGAACCUCCAAUUGGAGGCCAAAUUUUCUACACUGCUUCAAGCCCACAGAUCCAAAUCCAGAUUCCACAAAGAGCAAGAAGAAUGGUGCUUCAUCUUCUUCAAACAGGAUCUCACUCUUGGAUUGGAGUGGCCCACAAUCACAGCUCUCAGUGAUGAGUGACCUCUCAAACCCUGUCUUCAACCUCCACAUCUUCACCAUGAGAGAGCUUCAGAAGGUCACAUCCAAUUUCACCAGGAGCAACUACCUUGGGGAAGGUGGGUUUGGUACAGUUUUCAAAGGGUUUGUUGAUGCCAAGCUGAGGCCAGGUUUGGAACCUCAGCCUGUUGCUGUCAAAGUUCUGGACUUGGAUGGCUCCCAGGGUCACAGAGAAUGGCUGGCAGAGGUGAUCUUCCUUGGCCAAUUGAAGCAUGACCACCUCGUGAACUUGAUUGGAUACUGCUGCGAGAAUGAACAGAGGGUUCUGGUCUAUGAAUACAUGGAGCGCGGCAAUCUCGAGCAUCUCCUUUUCAGAAGUGUGUUUAAUGGAUGGGAAAAUGCAGGUUAUGCAGCAGCUCUGCCAUGGCUAACAAGGCUGAAAAUUGCAGUUGGAGCAGCAAAAGGGCUGGCUUUCCUGCAUGAAGAGCAGAAACCGGUCAUCUACCGCGAUUUCAAGACAUCCAACAUCUUGUUAGACUCGGAGUACAAUGCAAAGCUUUCGGAUUUUGGGCUGGCGACAGAUGGGCCGGAAGGGGACGAAACCCAUGUCACAACUCAAGUGAUGGGGACUGAAGGCUAUGCUGCUCCUGAAUACGUAUCGACCGGUCAUUUGACAACAAUGAGUGAUGUGUUCAGCUUUGGAGUGGUGUUGUUGGAGCUUCUAACAGGCCGUAGAUCAGUGGACAAAAAGCUGCCAAUUAGAGAACAAGUCCUAACAAAAUGGGCCAAACCAUUUCUAAAGGACACUCAAAGACUCGACCAGAUAAUGGACCCAAGGCUCGAAGGGCAGUACUCAAUUGAAGGUGCCAAGAAGGCUGCAGCUUUGGCUCACCAAUGCCUUAGCCACCAUGACAAGUGCAGACCCACAAUGACCAAAGUGGUCAGGACCUUGGAGCGCUUGCUGGAGCUCAAUGACAUCUCAAUUGGGUUCUUUGUUUACAUUGUGCCAAGUGAAGUAAAAAAUGAGAAAGGUUGUGUGAUGAAGUGCGUGGAAGAGAAGAAUUGUGAUGAGCAUAAGAAUGGUUUCGAGGGUGAAUUGAAGGUGGAAGGAAGGAGGAGGAAGAGGCAUAGAUCAAGCAAAUCGAAGAAGGGUUGUAGUAGUUCGAAGUAAAGCUUGUUCAUUCUGAUACAGAUUUGUAUAGAAGGUUUGGGGACUAGUUUGUAUUCUCAUAAACAUUGAGGUAAAUUAGGAAUAUACAUAAAGAAAGUUGCAUAGGUCUUUUCUUCAUUUUAGGAGGAUUUUGUUUAUGAUGUGGUUGUGGGUUUAAUUAUGGUGAUAGGU